AUGGAGAGGGCGGCUAUAAAAGAAAAACAGAUCGUGCCAGUGCAAAGGAUUGAAAAUGAAAACGAAGAAAGUCAUCAAAGUACUUCUGACGAUCAGAUUGAGCCAAAUAAUGAGACGAUAGCACAACCAGCGAUUAUUUCCGACAUGGAUUUAUUACAGAACAUCCGGCCCAUACCUAUUGGAACAGUUCGAAAGAGUACACGAGGACGUAAAUCUCAAAAGUCAGAAAUUUUAAAUAAGCUCUCCUAUAAUCACAGCUCAAAAACAAAAAAAAAGAUACUGCAGCUGCAAAAAGAAAAGCUCCAAUCGAUGUCCCAGGUCCGUCCGGUAUCAAAAGACAACGACGAACAAAACAAACCUUGGGAAAAUCCGACCGGGACCCGCCGAAAGAAGAUUGGAUACAAUGUGGGAUCUGUCAAGAGUGGACACAUGAAGCCUGUUCUUCAUAUUCGGGACGCGGUUCAUAUUUUUGCGACGAUUGUUUUGAUUAAAAUGCGUUUUCCAAUCAGUAUUCGUUUUGCCCGACCUGAGUAUUCGUUUUGCCCGCCCAGCUAUGCACUGCAGCCGUCGUUUUCUGCCACACACCCAUCUUGUCCUAAGCCCUCGAGAUCUCUCCCUAAUGAAGUUCAUACCUUCAUACAUAAUCAUGGGGUUACCUCGCCUGGAUGUAACGAAGAGUGCACCUGCAAGUUUGAGGAUAUAACAGUGGUGAACUGGGGAAUGGUAAGCCUAGGGUUGGGAGACGAGAGGAAAGGGGCAGCCGGAGUAAGAUUCUGGGGCAUUAUCGAUUGGGGGCCCCAUCACCAGCAUGCAAGUGGCGCGGCGCGCAUGUCUCGAGCGACACCGUGGGAUCGCGUGACGCGGGUCCUACGCGGAACCUAG